GUAGCACGCGAGCGACGUCGACGUCGUUCCUCGACGUCCAGACGCCCUAACCCGAUCAAAAAACAUCGUUUCUUUCGGUUAUUUAACACAAAAAUGUAUCAAAACAAUUUUUUUUCCGCAUCAUUAAUCAACAAAAUUAACAAUAAAAAAGAAGAAAAAUUUUCUCACAAAUGGCUCCAAAACUUUUCCGAAUAACCUAAAGAAACGCAAACGGAAAAAGAAAAACUUUCCAAACGACAUGGAUGAAUCCCCAUGUCUUCCACAAGGAUCUGCCUAAUCUUCGGGAUAAUCUGCGCCUAUUUAUUGGUCUUAUUGGUAGUUGUAGAGUUGGGAUUCGGCCCGAAUAAAGAUCAUGGAUUCGCGACGAAGUUUCAGUUGGCAGAAUUUACCCAGCAAACCGCGCCGAAACCGAAAAAUUUAGAAUACAGCAUUUCCGGAUUACGACCUCCGCUGAAACGAACCAAAAUCGAAUGGUGCUCAAAUUUAAAAUACAUUAAUCCCCCAAUCGAACCGGUCGCUUUGGCCUCAUUUCCCGGAAGCGGAAACACUUGGUUAAGAUAUUUAUUACAACAAGCAACAGGUUUUCAUACCGGCUCAGUUUAUAAAGAUUACGGGCUAUUAAAAAACGGAUUUCCUGCAGAGAGUAUCGUAAAUGGAUCUGUUUUGGUGGUGAAAACGCACGAGUGGGGCUCCGUGGCUAGGAGGCCAUUUGCGAAGGCGGUGCUUUUGGUGAGAGCUCCCGGACCGGCUAUUUUGGCAGAAUUCAAUCGGCAAAGUGGGGGACACAUCGGAUUUGCCUCUUUGGAUCGAUACAAAAGAAACCGAGGAAGAUAUUGGCACCAAUUUGUAAACGAUAAAUUACGUUCUUGGCGUAACACAAAUCUCGAUUGGUUAAGAAACUUUACGGGUCCCACCCACGUUAUCUUUUACGAACAAUUAGUACAGAACGUUGAGAAUACUUUAAAAACGAUUCUGGAUUUCCUCGAAAUUCCGAUAACGAAAAAACUGUUUGAUUGUGCGAUCCGUAGAAAGGAGGGAAUUUAUCGGCGAAAACGUCGAGUGUUGGCCUUCGAUCCGUUCACCGCCGACAUGAAGUUGGCAAUGAAACGCGAACAAGAGAAGGUUUACGACGAAAUCUAUACGUUGGCGUCGCCGGCGAAACGAAAACGAAGAAGAAAGAGGAAGAAAUAGGCGAUUAGGAAUUGUAAAUUCGAUUUGAUAGUGAUUUUAAAUGAAAAUAAUAAUUUUAAUGUAGGGUAUUUGUAAAGUUAUGUAAUGUUAGGUUAAAAUGUGAAAAAGAUGUUUUUAAGGGGGAUUUUUAGAAUUUAACGAGAUUGUAUAAACAAAUUAAGGAAAUUGUAUGGUAUAAUUAACGAAUACGACGAAUUAAAAGAUACAAUACAAUUUUUUAAAUAAUUAAUGAUUAACCUGCGACUGUGAUCGUUUAUUCCAAAAAAUAAACUUAGAUUUUUUUCCCGUAUUAAUUUAAAUUAAAAUUUUUUUUCGUGCCAAUACAAAACAAAGCCUCGAUUUAAAUAGAUAUCAAAGCAAUCAAUUGUGCUAAUAUGUAAAAAAAUCAAUAAUUAAAUAAAUUAAUUAAA